GGAAACCCUGCUCAUUCGGCGAUGGGAGCAGACAGCGGUCCAGGGGCUCCUUCGGCCGUCCCGUGGAGGAAAGUGCUCUAUGAACGGCAGCCUUUCCCAGACAACUAUGUGGACCGGCGUUUCCUGGAGGAGCUGCGGCGGAACAUCCGCGUCCGCCAGUACCGCUACUGGGCUGUGGUUCGCGAGACAGGCCUUAUCGCCCAGCAGGUGUCCUGCGUGGCCCUCUUUCUCACACUGUGGUCCUACAUGGAGCAGGGUGAGCUGGAGCCGUCUGCCGUGUUAUGCGUCUGCCUAGGCUGCGCUCUGUUUGGAUACGGGCUCUAUGAGGUCCUGGGAGGAGCCAGUGAUGGCAAACGGACGCGUCUUGCGGACCUGCAGAGCGCUGCUGUCUUCCUAGCAUUUACUUUUGGGUUUUCACCAGUUUUAAAGACUCUGACCGAGUCGGUCAGCACUGAUACCGUGUACGCCAUGUCGGCAGUUAUGCUCCUGGCUCAUCUGGUGUCUUUCCCGUAUGCUCAGCCCAGUCCGCCGGGAAGUCUUUCUCUAAAUGCAGCUCUGUUCGGGUCGGUGUGUCUAGCAUCCCGUCUGCCCGGAGCCCUGCACACCUUCACCAUGCUGACCUGCGCGCUGCUGGUGUUCGCGCUCUGGCCCUGCCUGCUGCACCGGGUGCGGGAGAAGGCGGACUGGAGCUUCCCCUGGGCGGCGCUGCUGGUGUGUUUGGCCGGCGUCAGGGGUUUGGGAAGCCUUUGGCCCGAGGGAGCUCUUCUUCUCUCAGUGGCUCUGUUAAUGUUGACUCUACUCUGUCCACUGCUGCUGGUUCAUCUGCAGAGGCACAAGGACAACAUUCACGGCCCCUGGGAUGAGGCUGAGAUCAGAGAGGAUCUGUCCCGCUUCCUCAAUUAAAACAGGGCUUCAAGACUUUGAGAGUCUUUUCUUAAAAGGACGGAUCGCUAAAAGUGAAUAUUAAUUCAACAUUUAUUCGUUGUAUGAGACUUUUUUUUCUUAAUGUGGAACUUAAGAGAAGAUAUUUUGAGAAAUGUUGAAGACUAUAUUUUUUAAUUAUCUACUAAUGUAUUACACUGAAGAAACUCAUACAGGUUGGGAACAACAUGAGGGAGAGUAAAUGAUGACAGAAGUUUUAUUUUUGGGUAAACUGUAACCUUUUAAGCACAAUGUUUGUUGGGAAUUGCCAUUAAAAACUAAAUAAUACAUAUGAGAAUCUCAUAAAAACAUGCUCAGGUCAUAUUUCUCUCUAAAUUGGAAGAGAGCAAGCAUAAAAAAAUUCUAAUCAUUUUAAAUUUUGGGAUUAAGACUUUUUUACGAUUAAACAUCCAAUUGAUCUUAAAUAAAUGAAUUGAUCUUUUUUUUCUUCUACUUUUGUUGGCUUUAUGAUCUCAACAUGGUUUAUGAUGUUCCCCCAAUUUUAAGAGUGUGGAGUUUUUCUUAACAGUAUUUAUAUAACUGUGUAAAUACUUCAGAAUUUCUGGUGUUUUUCUAAGAUGUUUUUAAAAAAUGCUGUUAUUCUAACAAGCUCAAUGUAUUGGAAAUAAAUGUUUUUAACCAUACA